AUGGCAUUUGUAGACUACAUAAUGCACCUGUUUGCCAGCCCAUUCCAAAAACAGCAAGCACCGACAACAACGACACCGACAUCAGCAGCAGUUCCGAUUCUCAACUUGAAAUCAUCAAUCGUCGAAAGAGACAACAUUACGCACGAAAACUUUCAAGCAACCCAAACUUCUCCAUCACUCCUCACUUUGGUCCUAGGCGUCGUCCUCCCCAUCAUUCUCACCUCGACCAUCGUCAGCUGGUAUGCGCUAGAAAACGUGAUGAACGGGAAGGACAAGGCCGAAAAAAAGAAAAGGAAGAAGAGCCAGGGUGGUCCUGCCCGGUCGACAGUUGAGCACGACACCGUACCACCGCCUCGCGAUGACAACAACGCUGGCGGGAGGAAUCCCAGAAGCAGCAACGACAGCAAAAUCGACAAGACUCCAGAUGACCCCAGCAGGUGCUCUGAGACGGGCAAGCUGAAGCCAUCCAUCCCAAUCCCGAAACCGUUUCCCGUCCCGUGGCUGCCGAUUUUCAUCCCACCUCUGGACGCGGCGGAUGAUGUUGCCGCCAACCAUAACCGCCAAGGAUCCACGGACCCGGCGCCGAAUCGUCCUCAUCCGUCAACCGCAAUCUUGAGGCUCCUCGGCAAGACGCGCUAUUUUAUCCCGCAGCUGGACGAGCAGGUCGUCGGGCCGAGAAUGGUGCGCCAAAGCCUGGCGGACUGGGAGUUGGCUCUACGUGCCAGCGGGGUCGGCGGCCCAGCGCUUCCCCGGCCUCUGCCGAUCAUGUCUUCCAGGAUGAGGGAUGCGUUUGUGUAUUGUGAUUUCUGUGAGCUGACGUGGCUCGUGGGGGAAGAUGACUGCCAUGGGUCGGGCGGUCAUCGAGUCCGGCAUCCGACGCAUUAUGCUUACGGCGGCCCAGACCGUCUGAAAAAGAAAAGACACUCUCAUCAACCCGACAAACCUCUAGGGUCUCUUGUUGUACACGUCGCCGCGGGCUUUCCGAGCAAGGCGCCCAAGGUAAGCAAGAACGGCGUACCGGCCGAGAUCGAGGCUCGCACCGCCAUCUCGUUUGGCCGAGACUCGCAGUACAACCUAGUGGACACGUUCAAGGUGCUCAAUGUAGCUUCGAGCAAGGAGAUAGCCGAGCUACUGGCGGUGACGCACGCAUUGGAGCUGAUUGCGAGCGAGGUGCUUCCGGACCGCCGUGCAAUGCUCAUCCAGCACAGGGCCGACAAGAGGGCGACUACGAUGAAGAAGGACAUGGACAACGAGAGGCGGUAUGCCGAGGAACGACGGAAUGAGACCAUGGGAAGGAUCCGGCGUGUUGUAUUCAAGACCAUGGACCGGGUGAAAAUGUCCGACGCAAAAAUGUUCGACGUGGAGCGCGCCCAGUUCGAUGAUUUGGUCCGCGAGAUGCUCUAUCCGCAGGACUUGCUCAAGGAGCCAAACCUACGACGGCCGAUCACCAGGAAGAACGUCGAGAUAAUCCUGGCGGCUAUCGAGCGGAGGGUGAAGCUGACGAAGCCACUGUUCAGCUCCUCGGAGUGGGACAUCAUCCUGGACCACUUUCUGCCGCGCUUCGAGAUCCUAUGCAAGCGGCUCGAUACCUACCACAACGGUCUCAUCAAAGCAGCAACCGAGCAGCUGCGCAAGAUGGCGUGCGAUCUGCUGCUGAAAAACAAAAUGAAGCUUGAAGAGAUCGACGCCUGGUGCGAAUUGAACGGUGACGGGCCAGGCAGGAAUCUCAGAGACCUCGUGGCUCUGUGUAUGACCUUUGAGAGUAACCCAACCGGCGAGGCAAACAUGUACAAGAGCGACAUCGUAAAUGAACUCGCCCACGACGAGGCCCUUGUCGUUUCGAUGCUUACAUGUGCUGUCAGGGAAGCCUUGGGCCCGAUGGCCUGGGAGCAUCAUUCAAAAUACGACGUUGUGCGGGAAUUUAUGGUGAAGAAUAGGGAUAACCAUACAAGCACUCCGCAUGUUGCCACCUGUUUCAUGAGGGACAUGUGGUUGGACCCGAUCAAAGGGGGCAAAAUGGCGAUGAAGGGAGACGACGGAGAUAGUGAUGGAAGUCUAGACACGAAGGCCUCCCUGACAACCUCGAGCGACAACAAACCCAUAGUAGAUGUGGUCCCUAAAGCGCAGAAGGCGCCCUCAGUCGGGCAGACAUUCAUGACACAUAUUCGGAAGGGAGUUGCUGCACUGACCAUGUCGUCUCUGUCUUCACCUCCCCUGGAAGGCCAGGGCAAAGAUGCUAGGCGCACGUGCUCAGCUCCCCCUCGUGCAGAGGGAUCAGUGACCCGGGGAAAACCGGAAGGUGACGGAGAUGAUGCCCAAUCUGGUCGGGUUCACGCCAAGACGCCGGGUCGGAGGAUGCCAGGGCUAAGAAUCAUCAUGGUGACGGAUUCGCAGGACAUGGUGGAUAGCAUCUGCAAGCAUCAGGACGAUUGGACAAUCCACUUCAGGCCUGGUGGUCACGGAGACAAGAGGCUGGAAAGCAUCCCGCAGGUCAAGAACCGUCAUGGGGAGCCAGUUGGAAACAGGAUGGAUUGGUUGAGGCUGUGGGCGAGCGUGGCGAACUUAAACGUGCUGCACAACGUCAACGUUUGCUGGUAUGCGGUGCCGCGAGCGAUGAACGCGGAAGCCGUGGCCUUGUUGGCUGCGGAACCCAAGGAGGGCCAUGAAUGGGCACACACUCGCACGCAACACGCCAUUGGAAGGCUGCCCGUUUUUAAAGUUAUGGAGAAGACCAGGAUUUACCGAUUCAAAGUCUUCAAAGACAGUGCGAAACAUACCCCAAAUGUCCACAAAAUACAAGGGCCCAUGCCAGUUACACCCGAAAAGAAAAAAAUUCAGUCUGCGGUGGAGCCCAAAGACAAGCUACGGUGCCCAAGGUGGUCGGGCCAGCAUGCCGGCUUGUUACCGCUGCCGCUGCUCCCGCACCCGCCCGGCGCACACACGAGCCGCCAGCCCUGCAACGCGCUUAGGUGCCCCUUUUGCGUCAUAUCAGAUUUCACAGUGGCCUCGAGACCAGACCAACGCUGCUGUGCUGCGUCUAACCGUGCCAAGCAAUGGAAACGACGGGGCAGAGCAGUCUCGGGGAAGGGGGGGCCCAGCAUCAACAGCAACAGCAGAUCCCUCCAUUGUCCAACGAUAACGAAUGAAGACCCGGGCAGUUUGGACCCGCCUCGCAAGCCGAUCAAGAAGCGUAUCCGGAAGCCUAGAGGUCGUGGAUUACGGACCAAGACCGGUUGUCAUUGUGCAACAUCAAACCGCGACUGCGUCUGGCCCGAUAUUCAAGCCAUAGAUACGGUUGCUACAUCAGCAGCAGCCGCCCCUCAGCUAUCCUCCCCGACAGCCGGAUCGGUUGAUGGACAUUCGGACAGACCCCCAACUAGCCACUCGAGCGUCAUCCCGUCAGCAGCCUCGCAGUCAAUGUACUCUCAUCUUCCAUCUUCAUACCAAAAGGCUCGUUCCCACUCACAGUCUCAAGAUGGCGAUGCUCGUGGUUCGUAUGGAUCCAUGGGCAGCUCUUCGCACAACUCUUCACCAUCCGCCGGAAUUGGUUACUCUCCCGACUCGGCUCCGACGAGACCAAGUCUUCCGCCGCCUGGGCCCGUGGCCCCGACUCUCGAUUACAACUUCCCCAAUGGUCCCAUUCCAGAUUCUCACAACAUAGUGGAUCCUGCAUUGGCGGCCAUGUAUCCAAACAUGAGACCUAAACCCCAGAUACCAGAACCAUAUCCUACCCACAGACAAAGGAAAUCCACCAGUGUAUCGACAGCCAGUCCUCGCAUUGCAGAUCUCAUCAUCGACACUACCCAGACUAUUCAGCACUCGCCUAAAUCCCCAGAAACCGUCACUUCAGAUGGAAUGCUCAGCGCGGGUGUCGCCAGUACGAGGUGGCUUGACCUCCUCGCAGGUGACGCCGAAGAGGCCGACAGUGGGUUCUCACUCGGUCGUCGUAACAGCAAGUCGCAGCUGCCACCACACACUCUGAACGAUGGAAUGCGGCGCCUGAGCCAGGAAAGAAUGGGACCUGGUGCCUCCAGAAGCGGCUUGAGGAUAUCCAACAGCCGGUGCGGCGUCAUGGGCAGGCUAGACUGGGACAUACCUGAGAGAUACCCGUGGCAGGAGGCGACUGAUAUGGAGCUAACCUCGAACGAAGCUGCCCUGUUCCGCGCCUUUGCCGAGCGUUCGGCACUUUGGCUAGACAUAUUCGAUCCGUGGAAGCACUUUUCGACUUAUGCAGUAAGGCUUGCCAUGCGGAAUGUUGGCUUGAUGAAGGCCAUACUGGCUCUCCAGGCCCGGUAUGCGUCCAUAGCUCAGCAAAUGACUGCAAAUCAAGACCCGAGGCCCGGGGAUCAUCACAGGGAAAUGUUCAUAACCGCAAACGUUGACCCAACAGAUGCGGUGCAGUACUAUCAUGAAGCCUUGCACUAUGUCUCGACGGCGCUUCAAUACCAUUCUUAUGCCCACAGUGAGGAGUUAUUGGGGACGGCUCUCGUCAUUAGCACGUAUGAGAUGCUUGACGCGUUUAACUCGGCAGUGCCACACGAGCUGAACUCAGCCGUUUCAAACUGGCAGCGACAUUUGAAGGGAGUCUUUUGGAUCCAACGGUCCCAGGAUGUCAAUGGAGCGUCAGGAGGGUUGAGGCAAUCAGUGUGGUGGGCCUGGCUGAGGCAAGACCUAUGGGCGGCUUUCCGUGAAGGUAGACGGUGCCUGAGCUUUUGGCGUCCAGUUGUUGACUAUCCCAACCUGACCCAGUGCGAGCUCGCUGACCGGGCCGUGUAUCUGCUCAGUCAGGCAGUUAACUACUGCGCUGAGUCUGGGCCUGAUAAGGACAAAGAUCGCCCUGACUUGGUGGUCCGUCGAGCCGAGAGGGGCGAAGAGCUCAUGGAAAUGCUCGAGCGGUGGAAGUCUUUCCUUGGCGACGGCUUCCGGCCGCUGCUGACAGCCCCAGGAACCAGCUUGUCACCAAUGAGCCACCAUGACCAUCUGACAUCGGCAUCUUCUGUCGGAGCUUUGUCGACGGGAUCUCUUGCAUUAAGAUCGCCGGCCGAAGGUGGUCCCUCGCACGGAUGGCAACCCAUAUGGAUUCAUCCGCCUCAAUUCGCUGCUGCCAUGCAGGUGUACAGCUUUGCAAAAAUCCUCGUCACCCUGAACCGGCCCGCGACGGGUGACUUUGACGAUCAUACCAGAGCAGAGAUUCUGAGUGAAUCGGCAGCAACCAUCUGCGGCAUCGCCAUGGAAUUGAAAGACCAGAGCUGCCAGAUCAUGUCGGCAAAGUGUCUUUUUGGCGCAGGCCUCUGCGUCCAGCGACAAGUCGAGCAAGAUACCAUCAUAUCGCUCAUCCAGGCCUGCGAGGCGAGGACUGGCUGGCCCAUGGCCACACUGCAAAAAGAGCUGCGGAAAGAGUGGAGGCGAGGUGAUGUAGAAAUGAGGGAUGUAUGA